AUGGAGGUGCAGUUAGGACUGGGGAGGCUCUACCCCCGGCCGCCGUCCAAGACCUACCGAGGAGCGUUCCAGAACCUGUUCCAGAGCGUCCGCGAAGUGAUCCAGACCCCGGGGCCUCGGCACCCCGAGCCCGCGAGCGCAGCACCUCCCGGCGCCCGUUUGCAGCAGCAGCAGCAGCAGCAGCAGCAGCAGCAGCAGCGGCGGCGGGAGAGCUCCAGGGGCAGGGACGGCAGUGACGGCUCCCCGCAAAGCCAGGGCAGAUGCCCGGCGGGCUACCUGGCCCUGGAGCAGGAACCGCAGCCCGCCCAGCACCAGCCAGCCCCCGAGGGCCGCGCGGACAGCGGCUGCAUUCCGGAGCCCGGAGCUGCCGCGGCCGCAGGCAAGGGGCUGCCGCCGCCGCCUCCAGCACCGCCGGACGAGGAUGACUCAGCUGCCCCAUCCACGUUGUCCCUGCUGGGCCCCACUUUCCCGGGGUUAAGCGGCUGCUCUGCCAACCUUAAGGACAUCCUGAGCGAGGCCGGCAGCAUGCAACUCCUGCAGCAGCCGCCGCAGCCGCCGCAGCAGGAGGCGACAUCGGAAGGCGGCAGCGGCGGGAGAGCCAGGGAGGCCGCGGGGGCUCCCACCUCGUCCAAGGACAGUUACCUAGCAGGCAGCUCGAGCAUCUCGGACAGCGCCAAGGAGCUGUGCAAGGCGGUGUCGGUGUCCAUGGGCUUGGGUGUGGAGUCGUUGGAGCAUCUGGGUCCCGGGGAGCAGCUUCGCGGGGACUGCAUGUACGCGCCGCUCCUGGGCGGGCCGCCCGCUGUGCGCCCCACUGCUUGCACCCAGCUGGCCGAAUGCAAAGGCUCCCUGCUGGAUGAGCGCCCGAGCAAGGGCGCCGAAGACACUUCCGACUACCCGCCUUUCAAGACAGGUUACGCCAAAGCGCUGGACGGCGACAGCCUGGGCUGCUCCGGCGGCGGCGGCGGCGAAGCUGAGGUCUCCGGGCCACUUGAGCUGCCAUCCAGCCUGUCUCUCUACAAGUCCGGCGCCCUGGAGGAGGCCUCGGCGUAUCAGAGUCGCGACUACUACAACUUUCCGCUCGCCCUGGCCGGGCCGCCGCCCCCGCCUGAAGAGACCCAAUAUCUUCCAGCUCAUUCUCUUGCACUCAGGUUUAUUUGCCUUUUUAUUAUCGAAUGCCAUCGAAGCCCAAACGUUUUCAUUUUGAAGUCCAAUCUAUUUUUUGCUUAUGUGGCUUGCGAUUUUGGUGUCACAUCUCAGAAGGCCGUGCCUAAUCCAGGGGAAGCCAGUUGUGAAUCUGAUAGAGAUCGAGUUGAAUAUGCAGAUCAGUUUGGGGAGUGUUGUCAUCUUCACAACUAUUUGGAUUUGGGAACUAUUAGCAAGGGGGUGAAGAGUAAUCAUUUCCACAUAGAAAACUGA